AUGAUUUCCACCUGGUUUACUUUUGUGUUGAUCUUUGUCAGAUUGGCUUUCGCAGCUGAACCCAACUAUCUCCCAACAUUUACUUCCUCGAAAAAGUUUUUCCAACAAAGCAACCCAUUGAUUCCUGAGUUUGCGGUGAGCUCUGCAAACUUUGGAUUAAACAGUCAAUACACUUGGAACGAUGUUGUAUCAAGCUUAAAUUCCAACCAAAAGCUUUUCUUUUUGCAAAGACAUGGUGAAGGUUGGCAUAAUGUCGCCCAACAGGAUUUACAUAUUGGGCUUAUUGAAUGGCAAUGCUACUGGUCGCUCCAGGAUGGUAAGGAUGGUAUCGAAUGGUAUGAUGCUGAAUUGACUCCCAAAGGACACCAGGAAAUCAAAAAUUUAGUCAACCAAAUCAAAAACACAACCUCAUUUCCUCACCCAGAUAAGUUUUACGUUAGUCCUUUGAGAAGAACUUUAGAAACAUGGCAAGAGACUUGGUUAAACUUGCCUCAUAAGACUGCAACUAUUAAGGAGUUUGCAAGAGAAUGGUAUGGUAUCGACACUGAAAGUAAAAGACACGAUAGAGCCUAUAUCGAGAGUAGCUUUCCUGGAUUUGAUUUUGAAGACGGAUUUCAAAGUGAUGACGUUCUUUGGAGUCCAGUUUACAGGGAGGGGCUCGAGAAUAUCUACUACAGAGGGGCUGCAUUUUUGGCUGAUAUUUUUGAAGAUGCAAAAGAUGAGAAGGUUAUUAGUGUCGUGCUGCAUGGUGGUCUUAUCAAUGCAAUCUUGGCUGUUGCUCAGCAUAGAUUGUAUAAUCUCCAAACUGGUGGACUUAUUCCAGUGGUGAUUGAGAUUCAAAACAAUUACAAGACCUACCCCUUGGAUCACGCCUAUACUGAUUUCUUCUUGUGGUGCCCUUUGUCCCAACCUAACAUCACCACCCUGGUUGAUGGUGGUUCCACAGUUGAAACAACAGUAUCAGCUUCGUAUUCAGUGCCAACUAGCUCUUCAGCAGAACCUGCCACAGCUUACAAAUCAUCUUAG